AUGAACUCCAUACCUGGCUUUGCGAGUCUCCCCCAGAAGAGCCCAGACGACGACGAAAGGUCAUCAUCCAGUGAUGGCACCGUCGAAGAGCCGACGGAAACAGAACAACGGUACGCUGCCCUCCGAAACCAUCAAAUACGAUUUGCAGAUGCCAUCGAUCCCAACGCUGAACGAGUCCACAAGCUCCGCAAGAAGGACAUCAUCUUUGGAAGAGGCCGUGGAUUCCAAAACCAUCCCGGUAACGAGCGCAUGCGCGAUAUUAUCGAAAAAUACAAGACCCAAUACCACUCAUUGAACCGUGAUGGCAAACGAAAGCUUGUGGAAGCUGUCCACGCAGAGAUCACCGAAGGUGGAGCAAGAUUCCUCAAGAAGCUUGACAAUGAGCAAGCAUGGGUGGUUGUUGACCUACCCAUUGCACUGCAGAAGGUGAGCCACACCAUGAGAUGCCGAAAAAGUAUUAUUCGGCAGCUUGACGAACACGGGAAUAUCCCUGGUGCCUUGUCAACGCCACACCUUGCUGCUAAUCUCCCUGGAAUGACACCAUUAGCACCAAUGCCUAUGUCAGGACAUCUUCCUGGUAUGGGUGCGAUUGCUGGUAUGUCAGGUUUUUCUGACCCUGCCGCUGGCAUAUUAGGAGGACCAGGUGCCGGUCUUCCAUCACUCGGAGCCCAUGGUAUGUAUGCACCUCCAGGCGCUGGAGCUGCUGCCGCUGCCGGUGAUGCGCCCUUGGCCGCAUUGGAGGCACAACGAAUGGCAGCGCUUCACCGAUACAGAGUGCUAUCUGGUAUGGCAGUUGCCAGACAAGGUGACAUUGAAUACUACCAACACCUCCGAAGAGAACAACUAUUGCGAGAAACAAGAAUGCUGCAACAAAUGGGAGAUGUUGCUUUGCUAGGUGGAGGUUCGCCUCCUCCAACUGCUGCUGGGAGUAUUGUGGCUCCUAGUGCUCCUACCAGUAGUCUUGCUGCUGUUACUGCUACUGCAGGGCCUAGUAGUAGCAGUGCAUUGGGCGUGUCCAAUGCCCCCGCUGCUGCUGCGGGUCGACACAUUGCUCCUCCUCCUGGAGCAAGACUACAACCCUCCACGCUGCCAGCCAGCGCCAGUUCCAAUCUUUCAGAAUCUUCCGCCUCCGAUAUAUUCGCAGAUGCUGUCAAAGAUCCCUCGGCGCAUGCCGAGUAA